AUGAAGGUCCAGGAACCUGGAGCUCCAAUGUCCGAUGGCAGGAAAAGGCACCUUGGCCCGUACCAGCCUCUGAGCCAGAACGGGGUCCCCCAGUGGUCCCAGCACCAUGAGCCCUGGCAGGUCCCCAGAGGAGAGCCCAGAAAGAAACACAAGGAGAAGAAGGUGGAAGCCCAAGGUCUCAGAGCCUCUCGACCAGCUUUCAUGUGUCAACACAGGCGGGCCAUGAGACCCCAGGCAGAUGACACUGAGGAUUCUGAUGAAGAAUGGACUCCAAGGCGGCAAGAAUAUGUGGCUGUCACAUUGAAGGUAACGUCCAGGGCACCAUCAAGAAACAAACCUAGUUUGAAGGAAUUGUCAGGAACCACAAAUUUGCUGAAGGCAAGUGGCUCAGAGCAGACCCAGAAACCAAUGUCCCCUCCUGGAGAAGCAAACACCUCUGGACAGCACGCUAGACAAAAAUCAGGACUCAGGAAAAAGGAGAUUGAAGUGAAGAUGUACAGCCUACGGGAAAGAAAGGGCCAUGCAUACCAAGAGGUCAGCGAGCCCCAGGAUGACGACUACCUGUAUUGUGAGAAGUGUCAGAACUUCUUCAUUGAAAGCUGUGCUACUCAUGGGUCCCCUACAUUUGUGAAGGACAGUGUGGUAGAAAAGGGGCACCCCAACCGCUCAGCCCUCACUCUGCCUCCUGGGCUGAGAAUCAGAGUGUCGGGCAUCCCUGAGGCGGGGCUUGGAGUGUGGAACGAGGCGUCCGAUCUGCCGCUGGGUCUGAACUUUGGCCCCUACGAGGGCCAGAUCACAGAAGAUGAAGAGGCGGCCAACAGUGGAUACUCCUGGCUGAUCACCAAAGGGAGAAACUGCUAUCAGUAUGUGGAUGGAAAGGACGAAUCCCAGUCCAACUGGAUGAGGUAUGUGAACUGUGCCCGGGAUGACGAAGAGCAGAACCUGGUGGCCUUUCAGUAUCACAGGCAGAUUUUCUACCGAACCUGCCAGGUCAUCAGGCCAGGCUGUGAACUGCUGGUCUGGUACGGGGACGAGUACGGCCAGGAGCUGGGCAGCAAGUGGGGCAGCAAGUGGAAGCAAGAGCUCGGGGCAGAGACAGGUGGGCAGUGCGGUUCUUUUUCAAAAUGGAAAGAAAAGAAGGGGUUCUUGGAAAUGCUCAUGGUCCAACUCCUAGGAUGUAGCGCAGAACAAUGGAAUGAAAACGUAGACUGUAAAGCAACACUUUGUGGGAGGCAGAGCCUCCCUUGUCGACACACUGAGACCGACCAGUGGGGCCGGUCUCACCAGGACACAGCACACAGCCCAGGGAGCCUUGUCAACACCUGCCCUGACCCCAACUUUCUUUUCCAGCAGGACCAGAGCCAGAGAUCCAUCCCUGUCCCUCCUGCUCUCUGGCCUUCUCCACUCAGAAAUUCCUCAGCCAGCACGUGGGCCGCAGUCACUCCUCUCAGGUCCUUCCAGCGACAUCAGCAGGGAAGCACCUCCAGUCGGAGGAACCCUGCCCAGAGGAUCAGAGUCAGCAGCAGCAAGGGACUGAUGCACACAGCCGGGAUGACAAUGCUGAAGGUCAAGAGGUCAAAGAAAGGUCCAAACCUUUGCUUAAAAGGAUCAGGCAGAGGAGGAUUUCAGGGGCCUUUUCGAAACCACCCACUGGGCAAAUGGGGAGCUGUAGGGAGCAUGAAAAAAUGGUGGAGGGAGAGCCCAGGACAGGCCAGAAAGUGCACCCAGAGCACAGAGGCAAAUUAUCUGUGGGAGUAGGAAUGUCAAGAACUGUAAGAGUCAAGCAAGGCUUUGGUGAUGGGUCACAUCUCAUUCAGCACCAGGGGACACACUCAGGGGAGCCCUAUGUUUGCAGCGAGUGUGGGCGAGGCUUCAGUGUAAAGUCAAAUCUCAUCACACACC